AUGGGCCCAGAAGCAAAAGACCCCUCGAAAGCUAUGGACUGGAAAAGUAUGGAAGAGCCCGUGAGCACUGAUUCUAGCAAUGGAGCAGCUGUGAAAAAACGACUCCCGAAAAAGAUUCGGCAAAUUCCGGAUUAUUAUUUCCUUCCACGAAGGUCCCUUCCAUCUGCGAUUUUGUUCUAUGGAUCAUGGAUAGCUGCAGGGAUUGGAGCUGGCAUGCUGGCUGAGAUCUGGUUGAAGAAAAAGGCCAAAGGUUUGGAAUUUAGCUGUGCUCUAUCUAUGUCUGAUUACAUUAGUUACUACCUUUACAGCUAUUUUUCGUAA